AUGUUUGUAGAAGAAGUUAUCAUCGUGUGCCGUUCGUUCUGUUCACUCUCCAGAAGCGGCUGUGUGCAUGCAGUGUCCCCUGCAGACGCGGUCGUGCUACAACUGUUAAGUUUGCGUGUGGAGCGUCUCGUUCGACGUGUGUCUCUUCUUUGUGCGACUGGUUUUCGCAGCAGCGUUUUGUCUGAAAACUUUGGCAAAGUCAACGAAUCGAAAUCUCUCCAGAGCGCUCUCAACGAGCAGGUUCCGGGGACUUUGGAACGCGCGUGUCUCUCCGCACUCUGUAAAAAAGCCGUGAGCCGCUACUCGUUGCGGCGUUUGCAUGUUGCUGCCUGUGCACGAGCCUUUCCGUCGAAUGCUAUAACCUGUCACCGCCUGAGCCUCCGAAGGAUCCCUCUCCGGUAA